AUGAUCGUAUAUUUGGUUCACCAUGGGGCAGACGUUCGUUCGAAAAACGCAGACGGUGAAACAGUUUUAUUGGUCGCGACAAAACAUGGUUUACUUGAUCUUGUUAAGUGCUUCGUUGAACAUGCUACCGAAUGGAGUUUUCAAGAAGUUUGCGUAGCUCUUCACAGCGCAAUAGAGUCUCGUUCUUUAGAAAUUGUGAAAUAUUUCGUUGACGAUUGUGGAGCUGAUAUAUAUUGUAAAGAUGAGUCAGGCAAAACCCCUUUACAUCAUGCUGUUGCUAUUGGUGCGAUGGAUAUUAUCAAAUAUUUGGUUGAACAAUGUGGCGCUGAUGUAAAUGCCAAGGAUGCUAAUGGAAAGACAGUUCUAGAUAUUGCUGUUACCAAUAAACUGCUAAAUAUUGUUAAAUAUUUGGUUGAAAAAGGCGUUGAUGUAAAUGCAAAGCGCCCGGAUAGGUGGCCAGCUGUCUCCGCUGCAAUUGCUUCUGGUAAGUUAGACAUUGUGAGGUAUCUGUUUGAGCGGGGCGCUGAUGAAAAUGGCAGGCAUCCGAAUGCUUGGACAGCUCUUUACACUGCUAUUCAUGCUGGUAAAUUGGACAUCGUGAGAUAUCUAGUUGAGAAGUGCGCUGAUGUGAAUGGCAAGAAUCCUGACAUGUGGACAGCUCUUUACACUGCUAUUGACGUUGGUAAAUUAGAUAUUGUAAGAUAUCUAGUUGAGGAGAGUGCUGAUGUAAAUGGUAAACUUACUAAAAGGUGGGAAGCUCUUUCUGCUGCAAUCUCAUCUGGUAAAUUAGACAUUGUGAGAUAUCUUUUUGAGCGGGAAGUUGAUGAAAAUGGAAAGCAUCAGGACGCAUGGACAGCUCUUUACACUGCUAUCAAAAUUGGUGGAUUGGACAUUGUGAGAUAUUUAGUUGAGCAGGGCGCUGAUGUGAAUCCUGACACGUGGAAAUCUCUUUCCGCCGCAAUUUCUUUUGGCAAAUUAGACAUUGUGAAAUAUCUAUUCGAGCGGGAGAUUGACGAAAAUGGCAAGCAUCCUGAUGCGUGGACAGCUCUUUGCACAGCUAUCGAUGUGGGUAAAUUAGACAUUGUAAGAUAUUUAGUCGAGAAAGGCGCUGAUUUAAUGAGUAAUGACCUUGCCGGUUCGACAGCUCUUUUCACUGCCGUUGUUGGCGGUGAUAUGGACAUUAUAAGACACUUAGUCGAGACGGGCGCUGAUGUGAAUAUCAAAGGAACUGAUGGACGAACAGUCUUGCACGCUGCUGUCAAUGCUGGUGCACUAGAAAUUGUAAACUAUUUAUUUGAACAGGGUGCUGAUAUAACUCUGAAAAGUGAAGUUGACGGCCAUAGUCUUGGCAUUCACAUCUUGAAGAUGGCUGUGGUAAAGAAUUCGGUUAUUUUGGUCAAUCGUCUUUUAGACAAGAACAUAGAUGUAUGGAGAGCUGGGACAUUUCUCGUUGAAGGAAGGCAAAUGAGUCUUCGUCAAUGGAGUAUUCAUCUUGGUCAUGAUGAAAUUGCAACUAUCCUAAAAAGGUCCAUAAAACAUCGUAAGAAAAUUCAGAUGUUGAAAACAAUUAAUCUUAGCCAGUUAAAGGCUGAAAUACCGAUGCAGGCUUUUAUCGCAAACACACAAUUCAAGAUUGGCGAUGGUGGAUUCUCGUGUGUCUAUGUUGGUAUCCUGAAGGAUGGAAGUGAAGUUGCUGUUAAGAGAAUUUUAGUUCAAACUAUCGGCACUUAUCACCGUGAUGAUACCUUCAUGUAUCUCAUUAUUGAUCUUUGCGAAGAAACUUUGAGAGAACUUGUUCAUGAAUGCAGUAUUGAACAUCUACAAGAGCAUGGUCCACAAAUGAUCCGCGAAAUUCUAUCAGGACUAGAAUUUCUUCAUAGUAAAGGAAUAUUGCACAGAGAUCUAAAACCAUCAAACGUCCUGGUUGAUGUCGAAGGUCGCAUGAAAUUGGCCGACUUUGGAAUAAGCCGCGUUCUAAAGGACGGUAAAUCCACACUUAAAACGUAUGCCAAAGGAACUCCGGGCUGGAUGCCGCCGGAAGUAAUUGAAGCCAUAGAUAGAAACGAAGAAGGUGCUUUCAAAAGAAAAUCUGACGUCUUUGUUGUGGGUAUGAUUGCUUUUUUCAUCUUAACCAAAGGUGAACACCCUUUCGGUUCUUCGUUAGAUCGAAUGGGAAAUAUUAUGAAAGGAGACGUUGUAAAUGCCAAGAAACUUACUGAUCCUAAUGCUCGAAAGUUUGUGUCGUGGUUGAUCAAUCACAGGAUUGAUGAUAGACCUUAUGCACACGACGCGCUGAGGGAUCCUUUCGCUAACAGAGACUGA